AUAAGGUCGAUUGUUGAUGGUUUUCGUGUUGGUGUCGCGUGCGGUAUUGUGUGUGUGUAGCUACCAGCAGUAAUCCACUUCCAAGCAGUUCGUAGUUGUUGCUGGCUGACAGUGGCUCGAAUGAAACGGGAUAUUUGAUCGCAGAUCAACAGAUGACUAGUUUAGCCAACUGUAACUUAUAAUUAUUCGAAAAAUGGAUCCUGGGGGCCCUCCUGAGGGGGCCCCUGGUGAACCCUUGGAAAUGGCAGGUAUCGACAAAGUUGAUGUCACCGAGAGCUGGCCUUCCGAACACAACACCUCACCUCCAAUGACCGAUCAACCCAGGAAGAUGAACAACAGGCUACUCUUUCUUGCUGUUGAGUACGUCGAGGAUAAUUCCAAAGAUUAUUCCCGUAUUUUUCCCCCCUAUGAGCAGGUUUCUUUUUCUUCUCAAGCAUCUUCACCCCUUUCCGAUUUUGAACAUCGAGUGAGUCCAUUAGAUCCGAACAUGAGUUCCGCAGCUAGGUAUUCGCCGACUCCUGUUCAACUACCUCCCUCCCCAUUCCAUAACUCUGUUGUUGUUCUUCAAGGCCCAUCCUCCCCCCUGAUUCCUACAUCUGAUCAGAAUGUCAGACCGACCAUUAAUUAUGUCACACAAUUGACUGAUCAAUCCACUGCUCAAACUGUCGUUCAACCUGAUACUACCUCAGAUUUUGUUGUUGCUGGCAAUGAGGAGGGCCUUGAUGCUGGUGUUAGUGGCGAAUUAAUUCUAAUGCAAGGUGCAGCUCCAGAACUGGAAAAUUCAGCUGCCCCAUUAAUGCUGGCUGAAAUACCCAGCACCGACUUUGCUUUGGCUAGAGAUUUUCUCGUUACACAUGAUGAGCAGCUGAACGUGAUGACUGCAUAUAAAAAUCAAAAUCUUGGGAUUGAAGAUGUGAAGGUUAGUCAUCUGGAAAUGAAAGGGGAAGAGUUGCAGCUGGAAGUUCAUCCAUCAGAAAGUACCAACAAUCAAAUGUUGCCUGAUAUCAUAAACAAUGGUGUAACAAAAUCUGAUAAAAAAGGAGUGCGGAGAUCCAAGCGACAAAUUAAUGACAAAAAAGCGUUGUGGUGUAACGAAUCCGAUGCAGAUUGUGUGAAUGUUGGAAAUUGCACAAUACAUAAUGUUCAGACGAUUGCGGAUCAGCCUGUACCUUCAAGAGCCAGGGCAACCCUGCCUGGUUCAUAUCUCACAAUAAAUAAGCUAUCGAUGUCAAACAUUGUGCCAGGUGGAUCAUCCUAUGGCGUUUUUGCAAAACGUAAUAUACCAAGGCGCACUAAAUUUGGUCCAAUUGAAGGAAUUUUGUGCACUUACGAGGGAACAGUUGCACAGAAUACAUUGCCGCUGUUGUACCAAACGGAUAAUGGCAAAUUUUUAAAAAUAGACGUUUCAGACGAAAAUGCUUCAAAUUGGAUGCGUUUUGUGAGACCUGCUUCUACGUACAAGGAGCAAAAUCUGAUAAUCAGUCAACAAGGUGAGGGAAUUGUUUUCCUCACAAUUAGAAAUAUCCUCCCAAAAGAAGAACUGAGAGCGGGUCCCAGCCCAGAAUAUGCUAGCUCGAGGAAUUUGAUGGUGCUUAUACCUGAUCGGAAGGAUGAAACGGAAUUGAAUAACGAACGGAAUCCCUGGCCAUGUUUUGAGUGCAAUCAGCGCUUCCUAACAUCAGAGAAGCUGCAGAAACAUCUUAAUGUCCAUGAUGGCCCAAGAAUUGAUGUUAAACAACGUAACAAACGCAAGAAGAUUCACACUCCCUCGAACAAACUCUUCAAGAUUGUGGAUGGUCAAACCGUGUUAUACACAUGUCCAUACUGCUCGAAGGUUUUCCCUCGAAGCUACAGUUUGAAACGUCACUUGCUUAUUCACCCAGGAGCAAAAGCACCACGAUACGAGUGUCAAACUUGUGGGGAAAAUUUUCUGCACCCUUACAACCGUAGUCGACAUAUAAAGAUAUUCCAUAGUGGAGGUUCCAACGAGAAAGAAAAUAAACAAAAUACCUCAGAAUGGAAGUGUUUGACAUGCGGCUUGAUAUUUACAAAAGCUGCACUUCUGAAUUUGCACACACUGAUUCAUGGUGCUGAUGAUCAGAAGAUUGGAAGUCAAACCACCAAUUGUCCACAGUGCGGAUUAGGAUUUGCAAAACAAAAUGACCUCGUCCGUCACGUUGCUGAUCACGCCAGGCAGCAAGCUCCAAAAACUACGAAACAAACUCCCUUGGCAGCCUACAAAUGUUCAAUGUGUUACAAACGAUUUGCGACUAAAGUACGUUUGCAGCAGCAUUGUUUAGUCCAUGGUGCCGAUGAUCAGAAGCCACUGCCAUGUAACAUUUGUCUUAAAAGGUUUAUGAACAAUUCUGCAUUAUCGUGUCAUCUGAAAACGCACAGAGAAGAUAAACAAAUUUUCGAAUGCCCAAUGUGCAGGCAACUAUUUGAUCAAGUAUUAAUGUUGAAAGAUCAUAUCGAAACACAUCGAAGCGAGGAUGGAACUUUUAAUUGCCCUCAUUGUCCAAGAUCCUUUACUAAAUACUCUGUAAUUAGAAAACAUAUCAGAGCUCACCACUGCGAACGAAAGCAUAAAUGUCAAUUCUGCACAAAACGUUUUCCUACUGUUGAUAAAUUGAGAAUGCACUUGCUACGCCACUCUGACCACAGGGAAUUUCAUUGCGCCAAUUGCGAUAAGCAAUUUAAAAGAAAAGAUAAGUUGAAAGAGCACAUGACAAGAAUGCACAAUGCCGAAAGAGAAAAUCAGCAGCAGAUGGCACAGGGACAACAAGCCAAGAAAUUUGUACCAAAGGUCAAUCCCACCGAUUACAAUCGUUUCAUCUACAAGUGUCAUCAAUGUUUGGUUGGGUUCAAGAGACGUGGCAUGCUUGUUAAUCAUCUAGCCAAACGACAUCCGGAUGUACCUCCAGAAUCAGUUCCUGAAUUGAAUUUGCCAAUUCUCCGACAAACACGGGACUACUAUUGUCAAUACUGCGAUAAGGUCUACAAAAGCAGCAGUAAACGGAAAGCGCACAUCGUGAAGAACCAUCCCGGGGCUGCAUUGCCGCCGAGUAAUCGACGUAAAGAAGCUGAUGUACCAGGAGUACCAAAUCCAACUUUCAGUCAAACUGUUGGUAGCAUUACUACAACUCCCCAAGGAUGUCAGUGGUGUCACAAACAAUAUGCCAGCAAGGCCAAGCUGCUGCAACACCAACGUAAGAAGCAUCCAACUUUAAUGGAGCCUGCGUUUCAAGUACCGCGUCCUCGUAACCGUCAUUCCCAGGGCCAAAAUCUCCACUCUACCAUGACCGACAAUAAUUUUUUGAUGUCUGACUACAUCCAGGCUUACGAUAUAGAUACUGAUUUUUUGAAACCAAAAGUGAUAAAGCUAGUGGAUGGCGUCGAUCUUAUCGGUAACGGUCUCGACAUGGUAGGUCAGCAAUUUUUGCGAAUGCGUGAUAUACGUUGAAAAAAAUUGACUCGAAUUUAUUUGGGGUCCUAAAUUAUGCUGAGAUAUGAAUCUCGUAACUUUGUGCACAGCAAAAGUUGGUUUGUGCUUUUUGCUGUUGUUACCAAACAAAGGUGACCACGUUGCUCAAUAGCAGUGGGAUUUGACUUAAAGUUUGGAACGCAGUUUGUUGGCGCAAACACGAAAUGUUAGCGCUCACCCUGUGAAAGGGUGGUUUCUUGUGGGUUCAUUUUAAUGACCAAGCAUUUUUUGGGCGCAUAGGUUGUCAAAACGGAAUAUGGCGGAUUUUUGCUCCGAACAGAAGGCUGUUAAUUUCAAAAAAUUAUUACAAACCGCUAGCCAGUUCUUUUGAAUAUUUUCUUCUAUGCUCGGUCAAGAAAAAUUCAAUCAAACUGAGAAUAGCGAGCCACAAAAAAAAAAAAAAUGGAGCAAAUAAAUUGGAGGUAAAGAUUUCAGGCACUGUCUCAUCACCGAUGAUUUGGCAGAGGCGGACUGACGUUGGAAAUUCAGUGCUCGUUAAAAACCAAAUUCUGACAAUUGUAUGAUCAUUAUGCAGCGAUAGUCCGUUGUAACGCUGUAGUGAUAGAGAGAGGCUGAGGUAAUAUUGGAUAGUAUUAUUAGUUUUCUUCACACUCCUUUGAAUUUUCAUCAAUUUCCGAUCACUCGAACUCCUCAAACUAAUCUCUUCUACACUUUCACGUAUUAUCCUGUGUAUAAUUAUUGGCAAUAUUUAUUUUUCCAUAUCAGCGUCUACCAUAUCGGUAGACUGCUGCAAAUGAAAAUUUGAAACAAAAAACAUUAAAUGAUCGAAGAGUAUCUGUUACUCCAAGCCUUUUGAUCAACCCAUUUUUAGAAAGUUUUUGACAAAUUGUGUCACGUGCACAAGCUAUGAGAACCAUCUUUUCGUAUUUAUGAGAUUAGUCUGUCGUACUCCAAGGAUGUGAAUCUCUGUAUAACUUGAUUUGGUUCUCGACUAUUUACUGUAUACCAUGUCUGAUCCUGUUGCAUCGUAACGGUUUACCGAAAAAAAAAUCGCUGCGGACGUUGUAAUCCUCCAUUACUUUGGGACACGACUAUAAAAAAACGUAAAAUAGAGAAACAAUAAAUACAUAGGUAUACCUGUAUACAUAUAGAUAAAUGUUGAAUUUGAAACGGACCGUGGAGUAAAAAUAAAUAUAGCUGCACAGGUAUGCAUGCAAUAAGAAAAUGAAAAAUGAAAAAAAAAAAAAUGCGAAAAAUAUGGAAUUUUUAGAACAGACUGUAUUCGAAAAAUUUUGUGAUCGAUUUCGACAAUUCAUUAGCGUAAGUUGUAAUGAGAAACAAUUUCUUUCCCCAUAUAGUCUAUAGUUGACAAUAAAUAUUUGACACUUAAGAUUUUAUUGUCAUAAAACGUAAGGGUGUCGCGUAUAGGUAAUUCUUCAGUAUUGUCAGCCACAAAAAAAACUGGGAUGUCAUAUUUGGUAUUCAUUCGUAUUACACGAUUAUGAAAUAGGAAUCAUUUCAACAUACUCGACAAUAGCAUCAUGAUAGGAAUAAUAAAAAGAAAGUGCAUCCUUCCGUCAAUAUUCCGCGAUCUGCUCGCAUAAUCCGAUAUCGCUUCUGAUGCUUAAUUAUGACGAUUCAGAAAUAUUUAGCUAUAGAAAAUGUCUACGCCAGAUUCCUAUUGAUACUAAUUUUAGAUGAACUCGAAAAAUUAUCUGCACGGUUUUAUAAGAAUGACGUUUACUUGGAAUGAAAUACAAUACCUAUACCGUGAAAAUCCGACUGAUUUUAGUAGGAUAAAAGAUAAAUAAAUGAAUUUGAAAAAAAAUUGUCCUAUCGCAAUUUAAUUGAGAAAGGAAAAACUUGACCAAUGAAGGAGUGAAUUGAAGAUUGGCAUAUCUUAUGUAAUACUUAUGUAUAGUUCUGUGUGUCAGAGAAACAAAAAAAGAGAAAAAGCAAUUAAAGACAAACGGAAGAUAUUGAGACUACUCUGAUUGUGAGUUUUGUGUCAAUUUUUCUGGACACUAUAAUAUGCAGAGAAUAUUACUUGUUAUACGCAUACAUCAUUCGGUACGCAUGACAAAGUAAAUAAAUAAUCGUAUAUUUGUUGACAAUACUGAGAACAUGGCAAAGCACAUUGUAAAAAUCACUGGAAUAAACUUAUUUAACAAUA